GUGUCUGUGCGAUCUGUGUGGUGUUUCAAUUUGUCUUGGCUUUACACGUGAACACUAACCCAGUCACAGGUAGGACACAUUCAAGCUCAGCUGGUCAACAAAGUGAACAUCAGCAGCCAGUCGAAGUCAAAUCAGUGACAUGCGUGACACAGACAGAGUUGGAUGAUUUUGAUAAUCCGAAUCUAAAUCUGUGAAAAUGGAGACAGAGGGUUUAUGUUAAUGAGAGGGUGGCGACCUGGAACAAUGGGACGCGCGAUGCAACCAGAGACGUGAUAAUUACAUAUCUCAGAGUACAUCCGAACAGCGAGGAGCGCAUUCCAACACGCACGCGCGCGCGCCGCGUUAACAAACAUGCCCACAGAGCAUCAUCCACCCACAAACUCAAAGCACAAGCAGUUCUCCGUCGGUGAUACAUGCCAGAGUCUCGAUCCAACUCUCACAUUGUCUCUGCAUUCAUAUUCUGACUGGACGGACACUUCGUCGGGAUUCAUGAGAUGCUGAUUCAAGAGGAGCACAAUUACAAUGAGGCAGCGGGCGUGGGAGAGAUCUGACGAGGUGUGUGGGCCCCUUCGCGUGACACAGAGCCUGAGAUGAGGAUCGUUUUUCCGGUGUUCGGAGGCGGUGAUGGAGGGGAGUCCCGCAGCCUCCGCGGCAAAAUGGGCAGGAUGAGGCAGCUGCUGUGGCUGAGGCCGAAUCCCUGCAUGGAAGUCCACAUGCACUCCGAGCCCGGCGUGUGGCUGAGGAGCUUCCAGUUGAUAGACACUGAUGCACAGUAUGAGGACCCGGUGCAGGAGUGGGGGGAGGAGGAGGAGGACGGGGCCGUGUUUGGCAUCACCCUGCGCAGGGAGCCCGUCCUGCCGAGUGCGGACGCGGCAGAGCUCCCGGCGUCCGUCAACUUCGCGCAGUACCACACGGUGAAGGUGCGCAGGCUGAAGGCCGCCACCCUGGAGCGUCUGGUCACCCACCUGCUGGACCGUGAGCACCAGGAGCCUGACUUCAUCCGUGUCUUCCUCUCCACCUACAGGGCCUUCACCUCCACCAGCACCCUCAUCGAGCUUCUGUUCCAGAGGGAAGACUCAAUCGCCAGCUGCGAUAACGGUGUCUGCCCUCUUAGUACCUUACCCCCGGUGAUUCGCCUGUGGCUGAAGCAUUACCGUGAAGACUUCCACGAACCCCCCCAGUACCAGGCUCUCAGGCUGAUGUGUGCACACUUGCGGCAUCGCCUCUGCUUCAGACGUUUGGCUCAGACUGCCGAGAACCUGCUCAAGCAGCUCCAGGAACAAGAUUGCAGCCGGUCUGCGUCCGAGCACGUUGGUAAAUCAUCGCAGCCGGAGCCCAGAGAUGAGGAGGAUGGCGGAGACACGUCAGCUAAGGAGGAAGACAAAUACAGCUUUAUGGACUUCCCUGUGAGGGGAAUAGCUGAGCAGCUGACCAGACUGGACUCUGACCUGUUUGUCAGAGUGGUGCCGUUCCACUGCCUAGGCUGCGUCUGGUCGCAGCGUGACAAGAAAGAAAACAGAAACCUGGCGCCCACCGUCCGCGCCACCAUCUCCCAGUUCAACGCCGUCACCAACCGUGUCAUCACCUCGCUCCUCUGUCCGCCCUCGCCCAGCUCCUCCACUUCCUCUCUCGACUCAUCACCCGUCUCCUCCUCCAAUUUCCUGUACCCCUCCACCGCCCCGAGCUCACCCCGCUGCUCGCACGCCAGCCCUGCCCACAGAGCACGCAUCAUCGAGAGGUGGAUCGCCAUUGCGCAGGAGUGCAGACAGCUGAAGAACUUCUCCUCUCUGAGAGCCAUCCUCUCCGCCCUGCAGUCCAACGCUGUGUAUCGCCUCAAGAAGACCUGGGCUGCUGUCAGCAGGGAGAUCACGGCUGCCUUCGACCACCUGUGUGAGACUUUCCCUGAUGAAAACUGUGUGCUCACCACCAGAGAGAUCCUCGUGGAGGACGACAGUCAGCCAGACAGCAGUGCCACCACAGGCUCUAAAUCACCGCGGCUCUGCUCAGCAUCCAGACAGAUGAACCUCCGCAGCGGUAUUGUGCCGUACCUGGGCACUUACCUGACUGUCCUCACCAUGCUGGAUACAGCACUGACGGACACUGUGGACGGUGGACUCGUCAACUUUGAGAAACGCAGACGAGAGUUUGAGAUUCUCUCCCAGAUUCGGCAGCUCCAGACUUCCUGUUCCCACUACAGCCUUCCAGUGGACCCUCGCAUCACAGCCUGGCUGCAGGCACACACGCUGCUCACAGACCAGGAGAGCUACGAGCUGUCCCGUGACCUGGAGCCUCCGGUUGACCCCUGUCCCAGCUCCCCCAACUUAUGGAGCAGUCGCCUGCUCACCAAGAAGCUCGCCACGUUGCGUUCAGUCAGUGACAGCUCCAUCAGGAAGACCCACGCUGACCAGAUCAGUGUGUCGUCGUCUGGCUCCAGCAGUUCAGACAUGGAGGACCUCUCCACCCCUCAGCUCUUGCCUCUCAGACUCAAACUCAAGUCUCUCUCAGGUUCUCUUCACGACGUAGCAGAGGACUUCUCAUCCACCUCCGCCUCUUCCUCUCCCAGUCUGUCCAGCUCCUCCUGCAGCUCCUCCAAUCCUGACCUCAGCUCUUCGUCACUGGCGCUGAGCCCCGAGUCGUCGUCGACCUCCGGCUGCUCCUCUCAGGCCUCGCUGCCCGUCUACAACAAGCAGGUCGCUGACUCGUGCAUCAUCAGGGUCAGUGUGGAGUGUGUCAGCAAUGGAAAUGUCUACAAGAGCAUACUGCUGACCAGUCAGGACCACACACCUCAGGUGAUCCAGAGAGCCAUUGAAAAACACAACAUGGAGGACGUCACCUGCCACGACUUCAGCCUCUACCAGAUGUUCAGCACUGGAAAAGAGCUCCAGAUCCCCGACAAAGCCAAUGUGUUUUACGCCAUGUGCACUACGGCCAACUAUGACUUUGUCCUGCGCCGGCACUGGAGGAGCCACGGGAGACACCUCGGCUCUUCCCUCAGCCCCGGAGCUCCAGCCAAGGGCCGCCACGGAAAGUGAUGAGCGUGUUGUCCUGACUGAAGGUUUAGGAGUACGGCUAGAAGUCAAGAGGAGCUGCUCAUCCGCGACAAACGCACCGUAUCUGUGGCCGUGCUUAUCCACUCAUCUCGCUGAAGAAGAUAUGAGCCGCUCCGCCACAGGAGAAUCCCAAGGAAGCUGAAAGCUUUGACUAUAAAAAGAAAAUAAGCUGAAGGGGCUCUCGGCGUGAAGUCGUCGUCUUCACUGGGCGCGGCGUUGACACGAGAUGCACCACGAAAUAUUCCGUUUGCAGAAUUUGAGUAGAAAAAGGCCAUGUACAGAGAAAGGAGAGAGAGACACAGAGAGGAACCAGAGACAAAUGUUGUAUUCUCAAAAUUGUUCACCACUGUGUUUGGUUAAAUGAACCACAGUUACCCAGGUCUGGGAUAACAAAACCCCUUCCCACCCCUGGGAGAACACUUCAGCUGUCGUCACUGCAGCCAAGUCACGAACAACCAGGAGCAGUUCGUUUGUCUGACGGAACAGUGCCGUGUCAUGAUGAGUCCACACUACUACAGGGUUAGGGGUCAGCCACAGCCCAGGCCUUCUGUAAAGUCGGGGGAUGCAGGCUCUCGCCUUUUCUCUCCGGCUCGUUUGGCUGAAUAACCGUCUGAGAAACGGGAGCUGCCGAGUUUCUCAACCGCACAGAACAUAAUGGAGAAGAGUCGGUGGGAAGGACUCACUGUGGGACGUUCACAGUGAGCAGGUGUUCCUGUACGGAUCGUUGUCUUCUAGUCGUGAAUUUUAAAUGUUUUUAAUGUAACUUAAUGUAAUUUUAUCAGCCUAAAUUAUUUUUAAUGCGUUUCAGUAUUCCGCCUUUAGAGCAAAAAUGACAGUGAUGGAAAUGUUUCUGUUCUGUAUGUUUCACGUUGCAUUUCAUAUUUUUAAGAUCCUCUCGUUUGUCGUCAGUGCCACACUAUUCUCAGACAACGUGCACGUCUUUAACUUUUUAGUUUGAAUGAAGGAAGCAGAUUUUCACCGUCUGCGCUUAUUUAAUGAUGUAGAGACUGUGUACCUGACCACAAUGUGCACAUGCAUUAAUCGGGGGUCUUUCACAGAGAAGCCGAAACGCCGUCGAAGGCUGCUGAUCGCCGUAAUCCAGAGCGACUUGACUCAGAAUGGAAGCACAAGAACAGGAACCUCCGCCAUGAGUGGAACUCCACCCAUCUACGUGCCAAUGCUGUGAAUGAGAUUUUACCUGAAGAACGGUUCUAGUAUGUGGAAAAUGAAGCGUCCCAGUACGUGAAUUGAUGUGACAUAUAUAUAUAUAUAUAUAU